AUGGCUGAAGCACAUCAGGCUAUCGGAGUUUUUGGCGAGCACAAGCGUGGCAUGGAAUUGCUUUACUCAGACGAAGGUAUUCGUGUAUCUUUUACAAUCCCACCCCCACACGCGAUUCGACGUUCGGUCGUCCGGGAAUGUUUCCAUCUUCAACGAGCUCUUCAACGUGGUGUCUAUCCCGCUCCACCAUUUGUAGCCAUUUUGACCGUUAUCGCGGUCUCAGUAAUUGUUGUGUUAUCACCAACGGACUCGUGGUGGCGGAAUGGGUCCAUUUCGGUGGUCGUGUGGCAAAUUGGAAACGUUUUAGUGCCGUACUCUCACUUAUUGCCCAAUUCAAUUUACGUGGCGUACUUAGCAGCAUGGACAGCCUUCCUUGGCUUACUUGGGCUCAUGGCAGUCCAGAGACUAUUCCUCAGACUGUUAUUAAGCUACAGGGGCUGGCUAUAUCUCGCUCCAAAGGAAAAAAGGUCUAUUGUGAUCAUCUGGGCAGCAUUAUUGAAGAUUUUUGGUGGUCGGAACCCUUUGACGUACUCGUUUCAAGAUGCAUUACCGAGAUUACCAUUACCAUCAUUGAAAGAUACCGUGAAGAGAUAUCUUAAGUCUGUACAUCCACUGCUUACUUCGAAAGAGUAUGAAGAAGUCGAGCACAUGGCUAAUGAAUUUGUGCACAAGGAAGGCCCAAAAUUUCAGUUUUAUUUGUAUUUAAAGAGCUGGUGGUCAUCGAAUUACGUGACGGACUGGUGGGAGAAGUACGUAUAUCUAAAAGGCCGUUCGUCACUUAUGAUCAAUAGUAAUUACUAUGCACUACCAGGUGCGAAUCUCAAUUUUACACUGACCACGAAACCUUUGGCAUUGGCUGCUACACUUGUGCACGAGUUUUUGCUCUUUAAACAAGAUCUGGACAGAGAACAUUUAGCACCGCAGCUUAUUCGGGGCAUUGUCCCGCUCUGUAUGAGUCAGUACCAACGGAUCUUCUCGUGUACUCGCAUCCCCGGACGUGAGAUAGAUACAAUCAAGCUGUACCACCACAAAUCUAAACACAUUGCUGUGUUCUGCCAUGGUCGUGUGUUUAAGAUGCCUUUAUUUGAAAAGGGUCAAUAUGGCAAAUUGCUUUCAAAGUUUGAAAUCCAACGCCAGUUUGAGUGGAUUGAAACGAUGGCUUUGUCGAUGGAUGCAUCGACGAAGGCAGAAGAGAAUCUCGCUGCACUGACUGCAGCUGGUCGUAUUGAGUGGGCGGAAAAUCGUGAGCAAUUUUUGUCGAGUGGUAUCAACAAGCGCUCGCUGGAGGCUAUUGAGUCGGCAGUGUUUGUGGUGGUUCUUCAAAAUGAGAUGGCUGAGGAUUGGACGUUGAUGGGGAAAGAUCUAAUUCACGGUAGUGGUGGCAACCGCUGGUUUGACAAGUCGUUUAACCUUGUGAUUUACAAAAACAGUGUUGCUGGAAUUAAUGCAGAGCAUGCAUGGGCUGAUGCGCCGGUGAUGGCUCAUGCGUGGGAGCAAGUGUACACUAAGCAGUGCUACACUAUGCCAUAUGAUAAGAAUGGAGACACUCGAGUGCUAUCAGAAAAAGAACGUGCGUCUAAACUACCACCCUGUAGAUUGCUGCAGUGGAACUUUUCGUCAGGCCUUGACCAAGCUGUGUUGAAAUCUCUAGAAGAUGCUGGGAAGGCCAUUAGUGACUUUGAUUUGAAAGUGAUUUCGCACACGGAAUAUGGCAAAGGACUCAUCAAGAAGUUUCGUGUGAGCCCUGAUGCGUUCAUUCAGAUGGCGUUGCAGCUCGCGUACUAUCGCAACUCAGGCACCAUUACGCAGACGUACGAGUCUAGCAUGACUCGACUGUACCGAAACGGUCGUACGGAAACAGUCCGGCCAGUGACGAAUGAGUCGAAAGCAUUUGUUCUUGGUAUGGUGGAUUCCAAGCUGUCGGACGGUGAGAAACUCAAGCUGCUCCAACGUGCUUGUGACGUGCACCAGGACAAUUACCGUAAUGCUAUGAGUGGUAAAGGGAUUGACCGUCACCUCUUUACGCUUUACUGCGUCUCUGUCGGUUUCGGCAUUGAGUCUCCAUUCCUGAACAAUGCGCUCAGCCGUCCGUGGCGUUUGUCGACAAGCCAGCAGCCUCAGCAACAGACGGAAAAUUGGCAUUUGGUUGAGAAAGCUCUGGAAGGAUCUAAAUUUUCUAUUGAGGAUGCACGCUGUCCUGGUGGUGGCUUUGGCCCUGUAGCGGAAGACGGCUACGGUGUCAGCUACAUGAUUGCAGGAGAAAACAUGCUUGGCUUUCACAUUUCCAGCAAGAAGGCGUGCCCGUCCACAAGCUCGGACAAGUUUGCUGAUGAUAUUGAACAGGCACUAGCCGAUUUAAAGUUGUUGUGGCACCCGAAAGAGUAA